AUGUACUCUUUCGCCUGUGCCGAGCCCCUUUGCUCCACGAGCGAAUUCACCGAACAGUGCACGGACCAGUGCGUCGUCGUCGCCUGCACUGAUCCAGAGCACCCAGAGGCUAUCUGCCACCCAGGAGAACAUGUUCACUGUGAUCUCGUCUGCGAUAGCUCAGCCAAUUGCACAGAUUGCAAUGGCUUUGACGCCUUUUGUUGCACUGACUAUCAUUCUUAUCUCUCGGAGCCUCGGCCAUAUGACCAGUGCAACUGGAGCAUUGACGACUGGGGCAAAUCUGUUGCACCCAAUGUUGUGCCCCCACUUCCACCCACACAGCCCGUUUACCCCUCCCCAUCCAUGAUACCGUGCAUGUGGGGCGAAUGCAAGGCUUCUUUUGCAUCGCUUGGUGAACUCGUGGGUCACGUUAACCUUGAACACCUCCGCCAGCCCACUUUUAUAAACAAUACACCGGAAGCAGAUCCCUUGCCAUGUUUGUGGCAGAAUUGUGAUCUUUCGUGGUCUCCAGAAUCCAUUGCGAGCUCGUCGACGGCUUCCGAGUUUGAUAGCCUUCGAGCUGCUCUGGAAACACACCUUUUGCAAGACCAUCUUGGCUUAAGGGAUCAUCCACUGGGACGACAACAAGCCGUCGCGUCCCAAGUGGCGCCUUCGCCAACGGAAAUUCCCCCCACCGUAUCUUCCACUUCCCACUUCUGUGCUUCUAGCACACACAUUUGUCGCUGGCAAUCUUGCGGCAUGUCAUUUGAAUCGUGCGACGCUUUAACCGCACAUAUCACGACAACACAUGUUGGGAGUGGAAAAACUCAAUAUGAGUGCUUUUGGGAAGGUUGUCAACGUCACGGAGAACAUGGCUUCUCAAGUAAGCAGAAAAUCUGUCGGCAUGUGCAAUCGCACACUGGACAUCGACCCUUCCAGUGUAAAAUUUGUCAACAAAACUUCUCGGAAGUCGCGACUCUCCAACAACACAUGCGGAGGCAUACGCAGGAGAAACCCUAUGUAUGUGACUUCCCCGGCUGCGGAAAGUCAUUCGCCAUAACAGGGGCGCUGACGAUACACAAACGGACUCACAACGGACACAAACCAUUCAAAUGUACCUAUUGUGAAAGGGCAUUUGCUGAAUCUUCGAAUCUUUCAAAACAUUUGCGUACACACACUGGUGCACGGCCAUACACGUGUGCAGAACCUAAUUGCGGCAAAUCUUUUGCACGGCCUGACCAGCUUUCCCGUCACAUGGGAGUGCACAAAAAAAAGCCGCACGAUAAGUAG